AGACGAUGUGAGACAGUAAGGAACAGUUUAGUAGGCUAGACGAUGUGAGACAGUAAGGAACAGUUUAGUAGACUAGACGAUGUGAGACAGUAAGGAACAGUUUAGUAGGCUAGACGAUGUGAGACAGUAAGGAACAGUUUAGUAGGCUAGACGAUGUGAGACAGGAAGGAACAGUUUAGUAGACUAGACGAUGUGAGACAGUAAGGAACAGUUUAGUAGGCUAGACGAUGUGAGACAGUAAGGAACAGUUUAGUAGGCUAGACUAUGUGAGACAGGAAGGAACAGUUUAGUAGACUAGACGAUGUGAGACAGUAAGGAACAGUUUAGUAGGCUAGACUAUGUGAGACAGGAAGGAACAGUUUAGUAGGCUAGACGAUGUGAGACAGGAAGGAACAGUUUAGUAGGCUAGACGAUGUGAGGGCCAAGCUGUUACGGGUAGAAGGAAGACAACAGCAGGGUGAAAAUGUCAUGUGUAAGCUAUAACAAAACCAAUCCGUCUUCCACAAACAGGCUCAACAUUGUUAGUAAUAUCUUUGUAAUAUCAGUAUGCUAUGUACAAUGUUAUAGAGUAAAUAAAUGUUUCUGAAUGAGUUAUGUCAAGUCUUACACAUUGAUUUAACCUGGUUCAUUCCCAAGGAGUAGAAUGUAAUGUAGGCCUAUGAGCUGAAUGGGUUGUAUAUUUCAUGCCAUCACUAACUUUUUAGCCCAUGCUCUAUGGGAGUUGGGAAAAGAUCAUGAAAAGAAAAUGCGCACUACAGCUUUAAAUGAGAUUGUUUGUUGCUGUAGCUGUGCCAAGUCGAGAUCUGCCUGCCGUCGAAUCCACGGUUACUCCGCAGGCUUCGCUAUCGCCUCUGUGGUGUUGACGGAAACUACUCAUGCAGCCUACUUUGUCAGCGAGUACGGACAUAACAUACAUUUAGUCAUCGGGCACGAAGAGCCUGUAGCCUAUUCAUCGAUCUAAUCGUAUUGUGCAUGAUAGUUAAAUGUUCUAACUUUACGCACGUAGAAUAGGCAACAUCAAUCCACAUCAAGGCACUUGUUGAUUUGAAUAGGCUUCCUCACAGCCGUCCGCUGCUUCGGAGUACUAUUUAGUUCUGGGGGGGGGGGUGACCUACGGCUACAGAUGGAUCCGAGUCCUUUGGGAGGUUGUCAUUAGUUUACCCAGGUUGUGUGGUGCAGAGGCGGAUACAGAUGGCGCUGAUCCUCUGCUUUUAAGAGGUGGACAGCCCGGCAGCGUCCUUCAAGAACGUCAACAUCCUCGCUAUCAGCUACCGAGGGAGGGGGCAUGGGCAACCAGGUGGAUAAAAUGAAGCUGUCACAUCCAAGUUACGCAGAAGUUCCCACAAUGGACCCCAACGGGCUGGACACUGAGGAGGGUCCUCGGAUCGGAGUGUCAUAUAUUUUCUCAACAGAUGACGAGGAACAGGAGGGUGAAAACAGUAACGUAGACGGAGCGGAUAAGGAGCACCACACUGGUACGGAACAGAAACACUACGACAAGAGCAACGAGGUGGAUUGCGCUGUUUACCACCGGGAGGAAUGUAUUUACGAGAAGAGCGUCAAGACCGCGGGCAUGGAAAUAUACUCCCCCGAGAUCCUACUAAACAAAUGCAGGGCAGGUGACCUGGUGGAGUUUGUAACCACGGGGCAGUACCCCCACUGGGCGGUGUAUGUCGGUGACUUCCAGGUGGUGCACCUGCACAGAGCAGAGAUAAAGAACAGCUUCCUGACAGACGCCAGCCAGGGAAGGAGAUGUAGAAUAGUCAACGAUCUGUAUAAAUUCAAAGCCCUCGGUGCCGAGAUGGUGGUUCAGAACGCUAUGGAACAGGUAGGAGCUAAAGACAGAGAGUUGAGCUGGAGAAAUUCAGAGUGCUUUGCCGCUUGGUGCAGGUUUGGCAAACGGGAGUUCAAAAUGGGCGGGGAGAUCCGGAUAGGAAAAGAGCCAUACAGGUUAAAGAUCCUGAUGUCAGAUAAACAGUCUCACAUGCUGGAGUUCCAGUGUUUAGAGGACUUGGUCAUGGAGAAGAGGAGACACGACCAGGUGGGAAGGACAUCAGUGGUCCAGGAGCUGGCCAAUCAUUUGAACAGUGUGGAAGAGAUCAACAGGAAUCCACUCAGUGAUCCAAUAACUGCACAGAUUGCUCAGUGAUCUGAUGGAUUUAUGAUGAUGAUGUCCCUUUCCUAUCUAAUCACAGACCACUAAGUGGAGUACCAAACACACAUUUUAUAAUACAUGUUGAUGAAUAGAAUCAAAUGGCACAUUCUGUUUUUUGAUGAAUAGAAUCAAAUGGCACAUUCUGUUUUUUGAUGAAUAGAAUCAAAUGGCACAUUCUGAUGAAUAGAAUCAAAUGGCACAUUCUGUUUUUUGAUGAAUAGAAUCAAAUGGCACAUUCUGUUUUUUGAUGAAUAGAAUCAAAUGGCACAUUCUGUUUUUUGAUGAAUAGAAUCAAAUGGCACAGUCUGAUGAAUAGAAUCAAAUGGCACAUUCUGUUUUUUGAUUGAUGCAGAAAAUUGUCUCAAAGGUGCAGAAUAUGAUUUGUUUAUGAAUCAUAAUGUUUGACAUGAUAAUAUACUUUGCAUGUUUUCAUGUCUCUAACAGGAAACUAUCAUACAACCAAACAUACCUACAAGCGUAAGGUUAUCUCAUUCUGAUGAAAACAUGUUGUAGAGCAUAGGUUGAUCAAUCAUCUCGCUUAUUGUACCGUACCAAUCAUCUGAGUCAAGUAAAUUAUCAUCACAUCUUUGCA